UCAGGUUCGGUUCGCAGUCACACGUAAGUCUGUCGAUCGAGUGACGAAAUACGAUCAGAACCAAGUCGGGCUCCAACGCUUUUUAACCUCUACUUAAUUGGUGCUGACGCCAUCGACGUCCUUCACUCUCGACUUCAGCCGACGUGACGAACAGCUAUCCACUUGAAGGACUUACGACCACGCUACUCCUCUCCCCUCCUUCGUGUUUCUUGACUCGACUACAACACAACACAACACAACACUAUACUAUACCACCUCAAAGAACCCGACACAUAAAACCAUGUCCCUAAAGACAACCACCCUCCGAGCAAACUUUUCCCUUUCCGGUCGUCCGAAUCCGAAUAAUAUCACCCCUCCCACCUCUCCCCUCCGUUCACGGAUAGGGAUAACCAAACAUACCUCCCGACCUUACACUCCUGGAAACUCUAAACCGAAACCUAAUGGGGUUGCCGGUCCGAUUUCUGGGGGUGUUGGGGCUGGAUCUGCUGGAGCUGGAGGUGUGGGAGGCUCCGCUGCAGGGACUUCGACCCUAGGAUCUGGAUCGGGGUUGGGUACGGCCGGUGUGAGUGCAGGUGCGGCUGCGGGGAAGAAGGCUCCGAGUAAACAUAUUGUUUGGUACCGCGAGAUCGUACCAGCGAUGAUGCCGGUCAUCGGAAUCGGUACCGCCAUCUUCUUCGCCCUCCAACUCAUCCAAACCCACCUCUCCCACUCUCGCUCUUUACACGACGCCCAGAUCCGGAUCACCCACCUCGAAUCCGAACUCGCUCAUUUACAGACGAUCCAGAGGAGACAGGCUGCUAGUUGGGGGGAUUCUCUGGGGAGGGUGAUCAAGCAUGUUCAGAAGGUUGCUGUGGGGCCCUCCACCACGUCUACUUCUGGGCCUGCCGUUGGUGCUGGUGAUGGUGCUGCUGGGGCUGAGGAUGGGAAGGGUGCAACGGAUGCCAUGACGAGCACGAGCACGGGGACGGGGAUGGAGACGUCGAACGCUUCAGCUUCGAUAUCAACACCAACACAACUACAACCCACCUCAACCUCCGCCCCGCUCGCAGACAAAGCAGACAAAGCUCGACGGACCGUAAAAGAAGGAUUGAUGGAUGUGGAGAGCGGGAUGGAAUCGUUGGUAGACAGGGUCAAGGACGAGUUUGGUGUUGCGGUCAACGAGGAUGGGGUGAGCGAUGGGGGGAGGAAGAGGGGACGGGGUUGGAGAGGAUGGGUUGGGUUGUAGGGAUGAUGAAUGAGGACGAAGAUGAUGAGGAUGGGAACGGUCCUCGGACUCGUCGGAUUCCGAUAUCCACCUGUUACUCUUCGCCUUGCCGGACAACGCUAUCAACCACGCCAGUUCCCCAACUUUUCUUCAAUCCUUUGUGACACUAAGGACACCUCUGCAUCUCCGCGCUCAGCAAACCGCAACAAACCGCCAAGCCGCCAACCACCAACCUACUUAAUACCGUUCUUUGUAUAAUCCGAUCUUACCGCAAACUCCUCUAUCUACUCUGCCCGUUCGCGGCGAACCUCGAACUAUCCACGCCGCAUCGCACCUUUCGAUGGGUAUCGAGCGUUCCUGGAAAGUGUAUCGUCUUAUGAUCCCAUGAAUUAUGAAUUAUGACUGAUUAUGA